CGUGUUGGGGGAAGUUCUUCAUUUCCACUACGAGUUGGAGCGGUGCCGGCCGGGCCUGUAACUUCGCACUUCAUCGCUCCACUCAGUUCCAUUCACUCGGCGACAUGGACAAGACAGGUGGAAGGGGCGACUUCGAAUGGGUCUAUGACGACCAACCACACACGGCGAGGAGGAAGGAGAUACUGGAUGACACCAGGGAUACCUGAACUGAACCAUUUAUCCAGCCGAGCCAAGUACCCAGAGAUCAAGUCCCUGAUGGGUCCGGACCCCCAGUUGAAGUGGGUGGUGUCAGGCAUGGUGCUGUCCCAACUCCUAGCCUGCUACCUGGUUCGGGAUCUCCCGUGGAAGUGGAUCUUGUUCUGGGCCUACGCCUUCGGCGGCUGCGUCAACCACUCUUUGACGCUGGCCAUCCAUGACAUUUCACACAACGUGGCCUUUGGCAACAAACUGGCCAAAUGGAACCGUUGGUUCGCCAUGUGGGCCAACCUCCCCAUCGGCGUGCCCUACUCGGCCUCGUUCAAGAAGUACCACAUCGACCACCACCGCUACCUGGGCGGGGACAAGCUGGACGUGGACAUUCCCACCGACUUUGAAGGCUGGUUCUUCUGCACUCCCACCAGGAAGUUAGUGUGGCUCUUCCUGCAGCCGUUCUUCUACUCGCUGCGUCCGCUGCUGGUCAAUCCCAAACCUGUUUGUAAGCUGGAGAUCCAGAACUUUGCCGUCCAGAUGGCAGCGGACGCCAUCAUCUAUUAUUUGUGGGGGCUCAAGCCGGUGGUUUAUCUUAUCGCCGGGUCCAUCUUGUGUUUGGGACUUCAUCCCAUCUCUGGACAUUUCAUCGCCGAGCACUACAUGUUCAUGAAGGGACACGAGACGUACUCGUAUUAUGGGUCGCUCAACUUGAUCACCUUCAAUGUUGGCUAUCACAUGGAGCACCACGACUUCCCGAGCAUACCUGGAAGUAAGCUACCUCAGGUGAAGCAGAUCGCCGCCGAGUUUUACGACUCCCUUCCUCAGCACACGUCGUGGAUGCGGGUCUUGUGGGACUUUGUGUUCGACGACAGCAUCGGCCCGUACUCCCGAAUCAAGCGGGAGUACAAGUUGAACAAGCAGGAGUAGAGCAGAUGUGUUUCUCAACGUCUCCGGGAAGGAGGGCCACCGCUGUGAAUGUGACUGGUUGACACACCACAUUCCACGUGAUGUUCCUUCUCAACGCUGGAUGCUAUCUUCUUUAGUCUAUUCCGUUGCAGUCGAGCAUGUUAAAAAAAAAAAAAAAGAACAUUUCCUUCUUUCACAGUUUCCACUUGAAUGGAAUGGCCUGCCAUGCCAUUUGAGACUACAAUGAAUAUUAUUCAACAGUGCACGUUAAUUUUUUUUGUAAGGUCUACAGUUUCAUGUUAUUAUUUUUUUUCACCCAUUAUUACUGUUGUGUGGUUCCUUUUGCUGCCUCUUUUCCCAUAUUGUUUGGAAACAAUAGGAGUAUUUCAGGAUGGCAGAAAGCAAUGUGGCUACCAGAUUUCAACUAAAAGUGAAAAUUGUUUGGGAUUAUGCUGCCAAUUAGCCUGUGGCCCAGAAUUUAUAAAACAACCCCACCCCUCCAAACCUAACCUAAUUGAGCCGAGGAGCAAAAUGGGAGUGGAAGUUACAAAUAGUUUUACAGGGAACAUAACGACACUGUUUGACGUAGUUGCCACGACAUUUUCUCAAAGGUAUGUAGAAAAUGGAAGAUCAGCACUCCUGUGUGUUAUUAAAAAAGAAAAAAAGUCAAAGCAAUAGAAAAAUCAUUAACUAGCUAGUCUCUUAAUGAUGACAUUAAUAAUUUAAUUAAACAGAAAGGUGUGUUUUUUAAGUGGUGCCAUCCGAGCAACUGCUACCCAGAAGUACUACAUGCUUUCCACAGUAGGGAAAAGGUCUUCGGUGAUGCGUUCAAGGGCACAGUAGAAAAAUCAGCACUGAAACUCAAGCGCUUGGACAAAAUAGCGCACUAGUGUCAUUUAGGCUUUUUUUUUUUUAAAGCUCAACAAUGUUACUCUCUUUCCGUGUCGACUCUGAGCUUUACUCAACUCAUCAAGAAGUUCAGAAACUUGAGCGGUGGCCAGUGAAAAGUGUAAGUGUGGGAAGAAUGAGAAGAGUGAGAAGCUGAGUUCAGAGUCCCUAAACGUCAAAUGUAUUGUGUUAGCAAUCAAAACACUUUGGCUUGACCAGAUGCUGCUGCGGGCCUGCUGUAUACACUUACUUGGAAUGUGUGAUGUUGUUUCUAUUUAAAUGUAUAAUAAACAAAUACAUGUAAUACAGAAGAUACUGACAAAAACA